AGCUUUUACACAAAGAUAACCGCAAAGCCUUGACCCAUAUUUCAUGCACACAUGUAAAAAAUUGUUUUAAGUUUAUAAAAAGGUGUAUAUCAAAGCAUGCCUGUUUCUAUUAAAAAGGUGCUUUUUGGGAAGACUAAAGAUGGGAUGGAAGUAAACAGGUAUACUUUUGAAGGUGGAAAGGUCGUUAUUUCUGUGCUUGACUUUGGCUGUGCCAUUACAAACAUCCUUGUACCAGACCGGAAAGGAAAUCUCGCAGAUAUAAGUCUUGGGUAUGAUGAUGUGGCAGGUUACGAGAAGAAUUUCCCAUAUAUCGGUGUUGUAGUCGGACGUGUAGCUGGGCGUAUAGCUGGUGGGAAGUUCAGCAUGGACGGAAAAGAUUACAAGCUCGCCAUUAACAACGGUCCUAACAAUAUUCAUGGUGGGGCCACGGGCUUCAGCAGGCGCCUGUGGGCUGGAGAAGUAAUGGGAGACAAACUUAAACUGACUUAUACAAGUCCUGAUGGUGAAGAAGGUUUUCCAGGGGAGGUAACUACAACAGUUGUGUACUCCCUGACACCAGAGGGCGCCCUCACCAUAGACUACACAGCAACAACAACCAAACCAUGUCCGCUCGUUCUGACAAACCAUUCUUACUUCAACCUUAAAGGACAUGCAGACGACGAUGUGUUAGAUCAUGUUGUGCAAAUUAAUGCUGAUACAUGUGUUCCUUUGAACGAGGAUCUUAUACCAACAGGCGACCUACCGGAUGUUAGUGGAACACCGAAUGACUUGAGGACACCUGUCAAACUGGGAGAUCGGGAGGAACAAGUCAGACUGGGAAAUAUAGACCUCACAUACUGUGUUGGUAACGAAGGAGAGCUUAAAUACGUAUCAAGGGUUUCACACCCAGCUACUGGGAGGUAUAUUGAUACCCACACAACAGAGCCCGGUCUGCAGUUUUAUACUGCAAAAUAUAUGGCCGAUGCCGUCGGCAAAGGAGGCAAAGAGUACAAACCUUUUGCUUCCUUCUGUCUGGAAACUCAGCGGUAUCCCGACAGCGUCAACCACUCCAAUUUUCCGAACAGUAUUCUUCGUCCUGGAUAUACAUACAGGCAGACAACUGUUUUCACUUUCGGUGUUUUACAAGGAUAAAUCAAAGACACUUAGACAUAAUUACUUUAGUUACAUUUCAGAAAUGCAAACUAUAGUUUGUUCUGUGCGUUUGACAGCAUGCAGGGUUUUACAAACUCUGUGCUUUAUGUGUAGUAAAAUUUUGAUAUCAUAAAAGCUGUGUUAAGAUAUCCUGAUUUCGUAGGAGAAUAUCAUGACAGUUUGAAAAAUAUCAUGUUCUUUUUGCAAAACCGUUCUGUACGUGAAGCUCCGCCUUCGUGAAAAUAUUGAAUUGUCUCCCUUAUCGAUCAAGAUAUAUUUCGAUAUCACACUGAAAACAAACAAAUAUCAUUUACACAGUUUUGAGGUAAUAAUAACGCCAACUGCGAGACACAUCUGACAAUUUUCUAUAUGUAGGCUAUAUAGGCAAACAUUUUCCUACAGACAGAAUUUCUUUGUCAGAUGUGUCUUUAAAGGCAAAGAAAAUCUCCUAUAUAAGUGACCCCCCCAAAUACCAGACUUUUUAAUCCCCAAUAUACAAGAUCCUGUCUGGUCCAGUCUGAUAAGAGUCCAUAAAACCCCUGUAGACUUGACAUGUAGCCUAAUUAUUGUCAGAGAAUCAUAAAUUUUAUUGCCUACAGGUAAAUUGGUUAUUUCCUGUGUUUUGCAUUUUAUUAAUUGAAAUGCUGUUGCUUUUUUAGUCUUUUUUCAGCAUGUACACAAAAUUAUUUUAAUUGAUAAGAUACUAAUUUUGAUUGCUCAGUCAUGUUGAGUAAUGUCCUGGCCAAUUAAAUUAUAACUGUUAUAGCAAAGCAUUUCUCACUAUAAAAUAAUUAUUCAAAACUUAAUAAGAGAAAUUACAAGUUUGUUUAUUCAAUGAUUAUGAUCUUUUUAUCAAAAGUAACAAAAUAAAAACGAAAAAAAAGGAUAAUUGCUGGAUUUUAUUAGAAAUUAAAGAAGCGUUCAGUUGCAUUUUUAAUAGAUAAAGAAGGUAUAUAUAUAUAUAUACAGAAGGAUGUUAUAUAUUAAAAAUGCUUAAUUCCUCUUGUGUUGUCAAAAUAAUGUUAACUUUCUUUUAUGUAUAAUAAAAUCCAGCAAUAAAGAUUUAUCAUUGUUCAAAAUACACAAUAAUUUAUUACUUCUAAAAGCUAUGUGCCUGAAUGCAUUUUUUAUAUUUUUGAUAAUAAAAAACAGCAAUAAUGAGAUGUAAUUGUUAAAAAACUUACUUUAUUAAAAAUAUGAUAAAACACUGUUGUAUCUUAUCACUUUGUUUAUUUAGCCCUAAUUCAAUCAAGCUUUCUAAACUCGUUAUAAAGGUGAGAACUGAUUUGCUAUAAAGGUGAGAAAUAUCACCUGCAAUUUAUUUACUGCACAGUAGCUAUACAGUAGCUUAUUAUGAUAAACAGAAGCAAGUCUACCAAUGGUCCUGACUUGUGUAUUGGCCCUUAUCGCCAAUACGCAGACCUGAUCAUCUCCAUAGGCCACAUACCAGGCAUACCAGAAUCAGUGUCUUUAAAGCAGAUCAUUGCUUGAAGAAUCUUUAUGACUGGAUGUAGUACUUAAAAGAAUUUGAUAAAUAAAAGUGUUUAGUGAGAAAAAAUCACAAGUAUGAAUGUAAGAACGUAAGCCUGACGUUUGAAAGCAAACUGGUAAUAUCAUAAUACCUGUAAAAGCUGUAAAAUUGUCCUCAAAAGCACAUACGUGCACCUAUUUUGUAUAAUAUUGAAGUUUCUGCUGAUACAGAUAGAAAAAUAAGCUAUAACAUUGAGGAUUAUUUGUGUGACGGGGGUAUGUACAAUAUUUCAUAUUUUCAUUUAUGGGGCAUAAAACUGAAGCAAAUAGAUCUAUAAAGUAUUCAGAUUACCUCCCUUCUAUAUUAAAGGUACACUGGUGUCAAACGAACUUAAAUCAAAUUAUUAUAACUGUUAAAAUGCUCUGUGUUUCAGGAACACACUAGCACACACGCGGUCUUCAAACUGUUGAAAAAUAUACUUUACAUCAUCUGCUCUUUUAGCACUAUCCCGGGUUAUUUAUAUUUUUUAAAGUUAUUCUCUUUGCUAGGAUACAUUCAGAUAUUACGAUAGAAGGACAUCUUAAUUGGUUUGUCGGUCGUUUGAUUCCCAUCCCAAUCCAGCUCGUCGUUUGACUGGAUAUGGAUCUGCUAAGGAAAGCAUUGAACAGAAAAUAUCAGGAAUAUGACUGCAAUAAAUGUAUAUCAAUUUAUUUUAUCUCAAAUACAGCGUGUAUUUCACUGACGAAUACAAAACCCUGUAUUCAACUCCCAUCAGAUACGUAAAAAUAUUCAAACUGAAAUGACGUAAUAAUGGCGUCCCGACGUAAUAAUGGCGUCUAAUAGUCCAGCGUAAGAAGGGUCAUUAAAACAAUCCUUGAACUGCAAUGACGUAUUUCGCUCUCAUGGUUCAUUUUUGCCAGGCUGGAUCACAUUCGGCGUGAGAUCAGCAAGUAUAAGUAUCAACCUUUGUUUUGUUUUAAUUUAAGCCAAAUAUAAAUCCUGUAAUGAAUUA